CUGGCCGACCUUAUCCUCUUCUUGGUUCUUUGUUUCUCUCUCUAGAAUUUUACAACUCAUUCAUGUUUUCCACAUUUCUUUUUCAAAAGAGAAAAAAUUAGAGAGCCAAAAGGAGAAGAAGGAGAUUGAAAGGAAGCCCUGAGCCGGAGAGAAAGCAAACCCUAGAUAACUUUGACUCAGUACAAGGAGAAAUUCUUAUUCUUUCGAUUUGAUCCGUAGAUCCUGAGACCAACAUAAGUAAAAAUCGAAUCAUCAUUACGUUUACAGACACUUGAGAGGGAGUUAAAGAUGAUGUCCAGGUCUUAUACCAAUCUUCUAGAUCUAGCUUCUGGGAAUUUCCCAGUAAUGGGUAAAGAGAAGAAGCGUCUUCCACGGGUGAUGACAGUUCCUGGGGUUAUAUCUGAACUUGAUGAAGAUCAGGCUAACAGCGUUACAUCAGAUGUGCCAUCUUCAAUAUCCAUGGACAGAGUUAUUAUCGUGGCUAAUCAACUUCCUAUUAAAGCUAAACGAAGGCCGGAUAAUAAAGGAUGGAGUUUCAGUUGGGACGAGGAUUCGUUGCUGUUACACAUCAAGGAUGGUUUGCCUGAAGAUAUGGAGGUGCUUUAUGUUGGAUCCUUGAGAGUAGAUGUGGAUAUCAAUGAACAAGAUGAUGUUUCACAGAUGCUCUUAGAAAGGUUUAAAUGUGUUCCUGCAUUUUUACCUGCUGAUAUAUUGGCUAAAUUUUAUCAUGGUUUUUGUAAGCAACAUCUGUGGCCACUGUUCCAUUACAUGCUGCCCUUUUCAGCUAGCCAUGGUGGUCGAUUCGAGAGGUCUUUAUGGGAGGCGUAUGUUGCUGCUAACAAUAUCUUUUCGAAGAAGGUGAUCGAGGUGAUAAAUCCUGAGGAUGAUUAUGUUUGGAUUCACGAUUAUCAUUUGAUGGUUCUGCCUACUUUCUUGAGGAGGCGUUUUAAUCGUUUGAGAAUGGGUUUCUUCCUCCACAGUCCUUUUCCUUCGUCGGAAAUAUACAGGACUCUUCCCGUGAGAGAGGAGAUUCUCAAGGCUUUACUGAAUUCCGACCUCAUUGGCUUCCAUACUUUCGACUAUGCUCGACAUUUCCUUUCUUGUUGCAGUAGGAUGCUUGGUUUGGAAUACCAAUCGAAAAGGGGCUAUAUCGGGUUGGAAUACUAUGGAAGGACUGUCGGAAUAAAGAUUAUGCCUGUCGGCAUCCACAUGGGUCAGAUCGAGUCUGUCUUGACGCAUGCGGAUAAGGAGUGGAGAGUCGCAGAACUUAAGCGACAAUUCGAAGGGAAAACUGUUCUACUCGGGGUUGACGAUAUGGAUAUUUUCAAAGGAGUGAAUUUGAAACUUCUAGCAAUGGAACAUAUGCUGAAGCUUCACCCGAAUUGGCAAGGACGGGCUGUUCUUGUCCAGAUUGCUAAUCCCGCAAGAGGAAGUGGGAAAGAUUUGGAGGAGAUACAAGCCGAAAUAAAAGCCAGUUGUAAGAGAAUAAACGAGACUUUCGGAAGUCCCGGUUACGAACCGAUUGUCUUCAUCGAUACGCCUAUAUCUGUUGCCGAACGAGCUGCAUAUUUCACCAUUGCCGAGUGUGUGGUGGUGACAGCUGUCAGAGACGGGAUGAAUCUCACUCCUUACGAAUAUAUUGUGUGCCGACAAGGCACACCUUCAAAUGUCGGAUCGAGAAAGAGCAUGUUGGUUGUUUCUGAGUUCAUAGGAUGCUCUCCUUCACUUAGUGGUGCUAUACGGGUCAACCCAUGGAACACUGAAGCGACUGCUGAAGCGUUAAACGAGUCUAUUUCAAUGGCGGAGACUGAAAAAGAGUUGCGUCAUGAGAAGCAUUACAAAUAUGUUAGCACUCAUGAUGUGGCUUAUUGGUCGAAAAGUUUCUUUCAAGAUUUGGAAAGGACUUGUAAAGAUCAUUUUAGGCGACGGUGUUGGGGUAUCGGUUUAAGCUUUGGAUUUAGAGUUGUUGCACUUGAUCCUAGUUUUAGGAAGUUGUCUAUUGAUGCAAUAGUGUCUGCUUAUUCGAGAGCCAAAAACAGGGCGAUAUUGUUGGAUUAUGAUGGUACUGUCAUGCCCCAAACAACCAUCAAUAAGACUCCUAGCGAGGAGGUUAUCUCCAUUUUAAACAUACUUUGUGGUGACGUUAAGAAUGUUGUUUUUAUUGUGAGUGGACGUGGAAAGGAUAGCUUAGGGAAGUGGUUUUCUCCGUGUAAGAGGCUCGGAAUUGCUGCGGAGCAUGGAUACUUCAUGAGGUGGUCUGCUGGUAAGGAAUGGGAAACUUGCGUGCAAACGAGUGAUUUUGGAUGGAUGCAAAUAGCUGAGCCAGUUAUGAAAUUAUAUACUGAUUCUACGGAUGGAUCUUGGAUUGAAACAAAGGAGAGUGCCUUAGUAUGGCACCAUAUAGAUGCAGAUCCUGGCUUUGGGUCUAGCCAGGCAAAGGAGUUGUUAGAUCAUCUUGAAAGUGUUCUAGCAAAUGAGCCUGUUGCUGUUAAAAGUGGCCAAUUCAUUAUUGAAGUGAAACCUCAGGCUGUAAGUAAAGGGACAGUUACAGAGAAGAUAUUCUCAUCAAUGGCGGGUGAUGGAAGACAGGCUGAUUUUGUGUUGUGCAUAGGAGACGACAGAUCAGAUGAGGACAUGUUUGGGGUAAUUGCGGAUGCAAUGAACAGUGGGGUACUGUCGCCAAAUGCAACUGUAUUUGCUUGCACUGUUGGGCAAAAACCAAGUAAAGCGAAAUACUAUCUGGAUGAUCCCAAGGAGGUAAUCACCAUGCUGGAUUCUCUUGCUGAUAUUACAGAUCCAUCACCUGUUGUUACAGAAGUUGUUGUUGGAAAUAGAAGUAGUAGUAGUACUAGUGUAAGCUUCUCCUCCACCUCCUGAACAAGGGUGGUGGUGGUGGUGUGGUUGUUUCCAUAUGUCCUUCCUUUCUUUCUUCCUUCCUUCCUUCCACUGUUGAAUGAUCAAGAACAGGCAGCCAGACAGACAUAAAAAGAGAAACGAUUGGAGGCUGUCUGCUCACGGACUGAGGGAUGGAUGGAGGGAUGGAUGGGUGGAUGGAUGGAUGUAUGUGGGUUAACCGAAACAAGGCCUUGGUUUCGAGGCUGGGGGGAUUUUGCUGUGGUGGACUGAGAUGAGAUGAGAUGGAUUAUGAUAAAAAAAAAUCUUGCAUAGGUGAACAUAAGUGAGGAGGUGGGAGGGGAUUUCUUUUAAUGGUUGGUUGGUUAGUUAUGAAUAACACUCAAACUCUCUUUUGCUUCUUUUUUCUUUUGUCUAUUAAUCCUGAUUCCUGACUCCCCCUCCACAUUAUUUGGUUA